UGAUGUCAGCUAUCAACUGUUCUUUCAGUCUUAUGGCUGAAAAAGAAGAGUGGCUUUGUCUGCCAGAACAAAAGUGUGUCAAUGUGACCUCUGGCAUGAACAGCAGCCACAUCAAUCCAGAUGAUGCUUGUCUAACAGAGGAAGGAUAUCUGGAAAAAUAUCUGGGUCCUCGUCGAUCAUCUGUGUUCCUCCCCGUCUGCCUCACCUAUCUGGUCAUCUUCUUGGUUGGUGUUGUGGGGAAUGUGCUGACCUGCACUGUCAUUGCACGGAACAAGGUCAUGUGGACCCCAACAAACUACUACUUGUUUAGCUUGGCAGUGUCUGACUUGUUGGUGCUACUGCUUGGCAUGCCUUUAGAGCUGUACGAGCUGUGGCAAAACUACCCUUUUCUCCUGGGGAAGGAAGGCUGCUACUUCAAAACCUUCUUAUUUGAGACGGUCUGCUUGGCGUCCAUUCUCAAUGUAACAGCAUUGAGCAUCGAGAGGUACAUUGCUGUGGUACACCCACUGCGUGCAAAAUAUGUUGUAACACGUACCCAUGCCAAGCGGGUUAUUCUCACAGUGUGGGGUGUGUCGGUGUUGUGCGCUGUACCAAACACAAGUCUGCAUGGAAUCGUCAUCCUUCACAUUCACUCCACUGGCCCUGCUGGGAACGUCAAUGUGGAAAUUCCUGACUCAGCCAUCUGUACCCUGGUGAAACCCCGCUGGAUUUAUAACCUGACCAUCCAGCUGACCACCUUCCUGUUUUUUAUUCUGCCCAUGCUCACAAUCAGCAUUCUCUACUUGCUCAUCGGGCUCCAGUUGAAACGGGAAAAGAUGCGGCAGACGCUAGAAGCCAAGUCUGGUUUCGGACAGGACAGCUUCUGUAACAUCCGCACACAGCAGCAGAAGGCACGGCGCCGGCAGGUCACCAAAAUGCUGUUUGUUUUAGUGGUUGUUUUUGGGAUAUGCUGGGCCCCAUUUCACACUGACCGCCUCAUGUGGAGUUUCAUCAAUGACUGGACUGACAACUACCGGGAAAUAUUUGAGUAUGUGCACAUCAUCUCUGGAGUAUUUUUCUACCUCAGCUCAGCAGUCAACCCAAUUCUGUACAACCUCAUGUCCACACGCUUUAGAGAAAUGUUCAAGGAGGUCAUGUGCCAUCGGCAACAUCACAAAAAUCCUAGAAAACACUCUCUCAGUGUCACCCGAGUGACACUCCGCAGCACCCUAAGCGAUGCACCCCUCAGCAACGGAGCUGCUGUUGUUGAAGCUGAGGCAGAGGAUGGAGAAGGGAAAAUCAAGGAUGAGACCACUUUUUCAGGCUGAAAAAUACGGAGGUUAUGUGAAGGGGACAUAUUGUCGGCACAAAGGUAUUCUGUUGAAAAAGACAGUUCUAAGCCACUGCAUUCGUCACCUGU